AAAUAAAUUUUCAUGCUUGUUGUAUUUUUAAUUUUAAUUUUUUAUUUUGUUUUGUUCACAUUUUGUGUAUUGAAUUAUUUUAAAACUUUUAAAUUGAAUAAAUAGAAAUUACAUUAAAGUAAACAUUACAACAAUGAAAAUUGCGGACAAUAUAAACCCUAACGUGUACGAAAGGGGUUGUGAAAGGGAGAGAACUGAGCUAGAUUAUGACGAAAAUGUAACUGAUGACUUUGAUGAGCGAGAAAUAUUUGAUCUUAUUCGAAACAUUUCCGACCCAGAACAUCCUUUGACCCUGGAAGAGCUGAGGGUGGUUGAAGAAGGAAAUAUAAAAGUCGAUAAUAAAGAUAACAUAGUACAUAUUUAUUUUACACCAACCAUACCUCACUGUAGCAUGGCUACUUUAAUUGGUCUCUCAAUCCGUGUACGGCUUCUGCGAGCGCUGCCCAGCCGUUUCAAGGUGUCUGUAGAGAUUACAGAAGGUACCCAUGUGUCAGAGCAUGCUGUGAACAAACAACUGGCUGACAAAGAAAGAAUAGCUGCCGCUUUGGAGAAUAACAACUUAGUACAAAUAAUUAACCAGUGUGUUAAAACUGUUUAGCAUAUUUGAAAUUCUCUAAAACAUGGUGGAUAGAAAAGAAUAGGCCAGAUUUAUCUAUAAAAAAUUAAAUUAUGAAAGUUUGUUAUAUAGAGAGUUUAUGCCUUAAUAAAUAUGGAUUCAAUACUAAUUUGUUAUAAAAACAUGAGAAUUAUAUUUUCAAUAUUAAAA